AUGCAACUUGAUAACGGAAAUGGCUUCAUCGGAAUACUCAGCGCAGAACUACAAUCCAAUAUCUUGGAAGAAAUGCCUCUCCCCGACCUAAUCACGUUCGCAAAAACAAGAAGGCAGAAUCAAGACGGUAUCGCGUAUUACAUGGCAAUGCGACGUACAAAACUAUUCAUGCGUUUCGUCGACGACACAAAUGCUUUGAUUGAAUUGCUGGAUCGCACCGGAACUGUAAUAUCGGGAUCAAGUGCGCUGAGCCUUGUACAACCAAAACGCCGAGCUAUCGUGGUGCGAGACUUGGAUGUGUACACCACAGAGAAGUUUGAGGAUGAGGUGUUGAAACAUUUUGUUGAAAAAGAGAGAUACGAGAAGAAACUGGAGGUCCCGAGGAAGACGGAAUACGAGUCUACUGCAAUCACAAAGAUCUACAAAUUGCAAAACGGUCAAAAACAAGUGGACGUCAUCGUCAGCGACUGGAGCUGCACACUUGCUCCCAUUCUCGAGUUUCACUCAACCGCCGUUAUGAACUACAUCACCGCGCGCUCCAUCGUCUGCUUGUAUCCCCGUUGGACGGCUGCCAACAAAAGCAUGAUCAACCCGCGUUUAUAUCUCCAAAACAAGACCCAUAUGCGUACCGUCUACGUGUUGAUGAAGUACCGGAAACGAGGAUUUGACCUGAGUGCAGAUGCUUUGUAUUUCGGCGACCAUCUUUGCGAGGGAGAAAAGAACACUGGCGGAAAAGAUGGGUAUUGUCCUCAUGUAAUCCGCAGCACGGUGGAUGACGAAGUGAUAUCAUGGAACUUCGGGCCGACAAAAAUGUUGGGAAACACAACAAUCACGUGCCAAGAUAUGCCAAUAAUGGUUUGGUGUCUCGGAGGUCAAGAGUGCGUUGAAGGAGACAAAGAGAUAACACUUUCUUUUGCACUCGUAUCAGCGUAA